CAAACAUGGCGGUCGUAGUAAGCCGUGGACUGUGGACGGGGUAGCCACACCGGAGCAGGAAAAAAGUAAAAUCCGGUUGAUUACAGUGAUAGACGAUGGGUGACCUUGACCCUUCAUCGAAGUCAGAGGUCGUAAUCUGUGUCCGCCAUGACCUGGCCGUCAUCUUUGACCGGAUUCUUCAAGAGACAGGACUUGACGCUGACGGUCUGAUGGAGACGCUCCUCAAACUGUAUCACAGGGUGAUCAAAAGAAACGAGAAGAAGGUUACCAAACGAGGGCUGUACAGCGACAACGACAAGUACGGUACAACCAAACGACACUUUAAAUCACGAAGGAGGGGCUUGAAAGUGGCUAAGUCUUCUGCCAAGUCAGGGGACGACGUAGGCGAAGUGCCGGAGUCCGUGAGGGAAAGACUUUGUGGACUGUCCCUUCAUGGAGGAGCAGGUGACACCGGGGGAGAUGACGAUGUUUCUCUGGUCACACCGCUCCCACCUCUGACUUCCCUGCCGGUCAGAAGGACAUCGAGGAAACCGUCCACGCCAAAGAGAAAGGUCGUGGAGUCGGAUAACUCCAUGGACGGACCUCUGGAUAUGACAGUCGGUGAGGAUAGCACAGUUCUCACGGGUGCGCCGCCCACACCAAAACGACGUCGAAAGAACAAACCCCAGAAACUGGUGCAGCUCUCGUCAGGGGAAGACAACUCAGGUAGUGACCACGAGAAAGACCCGGAUGCUGGAACUGGCAGAGCGGAAGUUGGCGAGAACAACCGGUCGCAGAGGAAAUCUAAGCUAAACGCCAAGUCUGUGAUAGUUGAAAUGACCAAGGACUUAUUGGGCCUUCAGAAUCCCGAAAUCUUUGAAAAAACGGAGGCAAGGAUAACAAAUGAUGCUGCCGACAACGAGGCAGACACUGGUAAACUCAAUUUGGACUCGGACCUAUCCAGAGAAGCAGAGAAUCCAGUAAAAGGUCAAGAACCCAGUACAGUUGCAGCCCCUGAAAUGAUUGCUCUGCAGUCCAGGAAGGUGGGACGACCGAAAGGCAGCAAAACAGGUGUAAGAUCAGGGAUGAAUGUGUACAAGUGCAGCCUCUGCCAGGCGACCUUUCGGCGUCCUGCACACCUGAAACGGCACAUGGAGGGAGUACACAAGAAAGACUCGGCCUUUCCUUGCCGGGGCUGCGGGAAGUCGUCAAACUCUGAACUCGCUAAGAAAUAUCAUGAGGCAUUUGGUUGUAAACUGUUACAACUGCCUCACCGAUGUGAGAAUUGUCGCAUGGGUUUCGACACCAAGGAAGAGGUCAGUGAGCACAAGUGCAGUAAGGACCCCACGAAGCCCUGCAUCUGUUCCACCUGUGACUACAAAACUGGGUCCCCUCGGGAUCUGGAGCAGCACAUGAGAGUCCAUACGGGGGAGAAAUGUUUUAAGUGUGAUCAGUGCGACUUCGCGACGGCAUGGAGGAAGAACUUGAAAGAGCAUAUGUUUAAGCACACGGGUCUGAAGCCUUACGUCUGCGACGAAUGCGGCUUCGCGACGAAUGACCGACAUAAUCUGCGCAGCCAUCGAAGCACCCACUCGGCCGAAAAGGCCUUUAUGUGUGAGAUCUGUGGAGACAAAUUCCGUGAGCCUCGCUUCCUGAAGGCUCACCAGAUCGUGCACACAAAUCUUAAACCGUAUAAGUGUAACCUAUGCAACUAUUCCGCCAAGUUUAAGUCUUGCCUCCGUUCGCAUAUGAUCUGCCAUACCGGCGUGAAGAAGUUUGUUUGCGAGCAGUGUGGCCAGAGCUUCCGGACUAAAAACCACAUGCAGACCCACAAGAAAAACCUCCACGUCUAUCCCAAUAUGGUGUACGGCUGCAAACACUGCGACUACACCGCAUCCAAUAGUCAGAGCAUCAACAGUCACAUGCGCAAGCACACCAAAAAGGCUAAGAAACAGAAACAGUCCAAAAGAAAAACGGGUUUGUCGGAAGAGGCCAGCAGCCCAACGGAGCAAGAAACCUUUGUACAUGACGGACCAAAGCAGCCGAAGAAAGAGAUGAACAUUUAUCGCUUUGAAGCCGCUCACCAAGAUGGUGCCCCUUAGCAACGUCAGCUCGACGGGAUUUGACGGUCUUCAGAGUGAAGGGCGUCAACUCGAUGCCGGAAUGACUACCAUCAAUCAGCACGACCUUCAGGAUCUACGCGAAGGUCAGCAUGAGGCAUCAGUGUUCAGCCAGUUGCCCGUGCCCCAUGGGGACGUCUUGGCCGUGCUGCCUUGUUUUAACAGUGAUCCACCCCAAAUCCCAGUCGCCGCCACACUCCAGGAACAUACCGAAGAAUCCGUGCCUAGGCGACUUGACCAGACCUCAGUAUGAGGAACUCCUGUACAAUUCUAAUGCCAGCCAAGCAGAAACUAUCUCUGCCAUGAUGACCCUGAUCAGGGAGUUCAGACCCAGAUAACGUUGCAAUGCGAAGUUCCCAUGUUUAUUUUUUUGAUUGGUGUUUUACGCCGUACUCAAGAAUAUUUCACUUAUAUGACGGCGGCCAGCAUUAUGGUGAGAGGAAACCGGGCACAGGUCGGUGGAAACCCACGACUAUUCGCAGAUUGCCGCCAGACCUGCCCACGUACGGACGGAGAGGAAGCCAGCAUGAGCUGGGCUUGAACUCACAACGACCGCAUUGGUGAGAGGCUCCUGGGUCAUUACGAGCCACGGAGGCCCCCCGAAGUUCCCUUGUCAUGUAUAGACAGGUGCUCUAUGCGUCCAAUUCACUGGAUGGCCGAAUUAGCCGAAUCUAGGCGUCAAAACAGACAUUCGUCAACGUGAAUGGAACUUCAGGGCAUGACAAGUUAUCAACGAAUAGGAAUAGAUGUGGGAAACUAGAACGGAUUCAAGCAAAGAGAGGCAUUCAACAGUUUUCAUGAUGGUGGAAAGAUGCAAGGAAUUUUCCCCAGUGAAUAAAUGAAAUUAGCAUUAGUAUAAUGUACCGUGCUAGUUUAUAAGUUGUCAAGUACCAGUUGUCAAGCGAGUCACACAUCUGUAAGAUGAUAUGGUUCAAACAAAAAUGCAGAAAAGUCACAGCUACCACAACGGUAUGAUGAUAUGGUUCAAGAAAAAAUUCAGAAAAGUCACACAUCUGUAAGAUGAUUUGGUUCAAGGAAAAAUUCAGAAAAGUCACACAUCUGUAAGAUGAUAUGGUUCAAGCAAAAAUCGGAAAAGUAACAGCUAACGCUUCUGUAAAAUGAUAGGGUUCAAGCAAAAAUUCAGAAAAAUGACGGCUCCCAUAUCUGUAAGAUGAUAUGGUUCAAGCAAAAUCAGAAAAGUAACAGCUACAACAUCUGUAAGAUGAUAUGGUUCAAGCAAAAAAUCAGAAAAGUAACAGCUACCACCUCUGUAAAAUCAUAUGGUUCAUGCAAAAAUUCAGAAAAAUGACGGCUACCAUAUCUAUAAGAUGAUAUGGCUCAAGCAAAAAUCAGAGAUGUAACAGCUACAACUUCUGUAAGAUGAUAUGGUUCAAGCAAAAAAUCAGUAAAAGUAACAGCUACCACCUCUGUAAGAUGAUAUGGUCCAAGCAAAAAUCAGAAAAGUAACCGCUACCACAUCUGUAGGAUGAUAUGGUUCAAGCAAAAAUCAGAAAAGUAACAGCUACAACAUCUGUAAGAUGAUAUGGUUCAAGCAAAAAUUCAGAAAAGUAACAGCUGCCGCUUCUGUAAGAUGAUAUGGUUCAAGCAAAAAUCAGAAAAGUAACAGCUAACGCUUCUGUAAAUUGAUAUGGUUCAAGCAAAAAUUCAGAAAAGUGUCGGCUACCUUAUCUGUAAGAUGAUAUGGCUCAAGCAAAAAUCAGAAAGUAACAGCUGCAGCUUCUGUAAGAUGAUAUGGUUCAAGCAAAAAUCGGAAAAGUAACAGAUAACGCUUCUGUAAAAUUAUAUGGUUCAAGC